UUACCAAGCAAAACCAGUGUAAACUGUAUUGUCGUAUGUCUGGCACUGCCAUCUAUUUCAAGUUAAAAGACAAAGUCAUUGACGGAACACCAUGUAACCAUGAGACCACGGACAUUUGCGUAGAUGGAAAAUGUAUGGUAGGUGUGGGUGUUCAUACUUUCUUGUUGGAAAACACGGCCACGUGACAGUCAAAUGUGACUCUAGAAAGAUUGACGUACAACAAAAUGAGCCAUGGACUCUUGAAAAAUGUCGGCCAAUUCGUUACGUUUAAACCUUCUCUAGUUUUGUUGAUCACUGCCCCCAUUACCUCUUUUGUAUUUUUGAGUGAUUGUGUGUGUAUGCUUUACUAUAGUUCAAACAUUCUGACACUUAAUUGUGUGAUCAGCUGGAAAGAGCUAAAAUUGUAUCAACCGCAAUACUGAGCCCAUUUUAAAACGUUAUGGUGCACCAUACAAGAAUGUUUUGCCGUCACCUUCGUUCUAGACUUUUUUUGUUAUGUAUGUAAUUUUAUAUCUAUUCAUUUUUUUUAAAUUUUCAGCCUGCGGGGUGUGACAGAGUGCUAAACUCAAAUAAGAAAACUGACAAAUGUGGAGUGUGUGACGGUGACAAUUCAUCCUGUAGACGUUUCUCAGGAACUUUCAACGAAACAAAUUUUGGUGAGGCGUGGCUACUUGUGUAAUGUAUUGCUUGCUUAACGUAUUCCCAAGUCCAAUUUAUAACACCUGUAAAAAAAAGUGCGUUAGUUAACUGCUAAUGUAUUUAAUUGAGAGAACUAUUUGCUUACUUUGUUUUAACAACCCCCCACUAAAGACGGGACAGCCAAGUCUAGCCUUUCGCAGGGCAAAGGAAGGACCUUCUUCCACAAUUAUUGUAUGGUGCUUGUCGGGUCCUCAGGAAAUGAUCCUCCGACAUACUCUCUGCAGACCAACGUCUAACUUGUACUAAAUCUAGCCUGCCGCGUGGACGAAAGAAAUGCUUGUGAAAAUGAUUUCUCAUAAUACACACCACAGUUCACGUGCCUACGUCAUCACUACGAUCGCGUAGUCAUGGUUCGUUUUAUAGAAAAAAAGAAUGAUCCGUUUGGAAACGAGGAAAAUGUGCUUGUAGGAGCACUAGACACAGGCGUCGCUCUGGGCAAGUUUAUGCCAAAUCUUUAUAAUAAAUUGUUUUAUUAACUGAAUUACGCUUUUUUCCUGAGCUCAUUCACGAUGAUUAUUGACAUCAAGAUCGGCAAACGUUGACGUAAGUAAUCGUUUUUGCCUUUGUGUUUAUAGGGUAUAAUUUUAUCUUUACAAUUCCUGUCAAUUCAACGGACAUAGUGGUUACACAGUAUGGUUGGAAAAAUCGGGAGGAUCCGAAUUAUCUAGGUAAGUGCUAAUCAAGGUGAUGUAUAUUUGGGAUUGAGAAUGCUUUUCGUUCUUAGUUCCAUCAAGUCUAUUGAAUUUUCUCCAUAACGCAGACCGCUGAGCGUAAUCUAGAUUCGCUCUGCCAAAGAGUCCGCUUUUGAGAGGGGAGGAAAACGAGCUUGAGAAUCAGCUCCGUAUAAAUUGUUGGGGUGUUGGGCACGCCAAGUUUAAGGGUAGACGCAGGAUGCUACGUAUGUAAGCUAACAGCGCUAUGCUGUGCGCAAGAAAAACAUGGAUGGAAAUAUGAUCCUAUGGACAGCAUAGCCUGCAAUGUUGAGAAAGAUGCUACGCGAAGGGAUUUCAAGGGUUGGCGUAUAAUAAAGAGCUUUAUGCAGUGCUCAAUGUUGAUCGCAAGGAUUGCAUGGGUGGACGCAACGCUGAUACUUUCAAAAUAAUGGACAACAUUAUGAGCGAUAUUGAAGGAAACAGUUUCAGGGGUGAACGCGCGAGGCCACGCGCACCAUAGCUCACAAUAGUACGAAAGAUAUUGCGUAAAAACUUGAGGGGAGGAUACCUGUUGCGCACAACAUUACAAGCUAUGAUGCGUGCUAGCUUAUGAUAUUUCGCACAGCAAUUUAAGGAAUCGAAAAGGCCCACGAUGCUGCGUACAAUAUAGCGGACUAUAUUAUGCGGAAUAUUGCCGACCGCAAUUCUAGGCGGUGGACGCAUAACGGUUCGUACCUCAUAGCGAACAAUUCUGCUGUGAUAUUUCUUACAUUCUUAAGAUUCCUAGUUUGUACACAUGACGACGUGAUUGACAUAGCUUAAAACGUGAGCCAUUAAUUGACCUUCUCUGUCCCUAUCAGCCCUUCAAAGUGCCAGCGGUAGGUUCCUUCUCAACGGAGGGAUGAUCAUUGGGUUAGGAGUAAGAGAAUUCAGAACAGCAGGAUCCAAAAUAUGGUACUCAGGCUCGGAAAAGGUUAUGGAACAGAUCAAGAUUAAUGGCAGACUCACCGAGCCGGUCAAAGUCUACGUACGUUGUUAGUCUUCUUUUUGAUUGAUUGAUUGAUUGAUUGAUAAAGGGAUUGAUUGAUUGGUUUUUCUUUUUGCCUGACAAAUGAUUUCGGUUCAGAGGGAGGAAUCAUAUUAAUGCCCAACUUUGAAUUUAGGCUACAAGCAGUCGUCCCUUUCCUCAGAGCCACACGCCACUAGCGAAAAAUUAAUUAAUGUAAAAUUUAUGGUAAAUAAAGAGGGAAAAUAAGAGACCGCUCUCAGUCAACUUCCGAGAGAUUUCAUGUAAUUUCAGUGUGCGAGUCCAAGAUUUAAUCCAGUGCCGUACCUAUUCAACAGAAAGAAACUGAACCUCAAUAAUUUUUUUUUUGGAAAGUGCGAUAUGUGUUUUAUGAUCUUCAAUUUAAAAUGUCCCACUUGUCUUCGGCGUCGCCUUUGGCCACUCAUCAGAUACAAAGAAGUUUAACGCAGUUUUCUGUUGUUAAUUUUUUUCGCACCAAUUUUACGCUUGAUGCUUAUUAACUAACUUGGAACAUUUGCGUCGUGUUAAAGAGUAUGUGAUUGCAAGUGAGAACUUAUUUCAAUUACUUUAUAGGUUUUUGAGGUUGAGGAUGUUGUACCCCCAAACGUUCACUAUAGUCUUAAUAAAAUGGUAGCUGAACCAAAGAAGUUUGUUUAUAAAUGGGAUCGACUGGGUCGAUGGACACAGUGUAAUAAGCUAUGCCAAGGUAAGACUUGUCCCUUAUGAGGUCACGCAACGCUAAACUGCGAAGAGCGGGGAGAAGCAUUGCGUUACACGGCUACAAAGAAUAUUUUAUAUGCCAAUGUGCCGAGUUUUUUAUAAACAUUUUCUCUCAAGCUUUCCAUGUUUGUGCUAAAUGCACUUAUAAUACGCUUAGACCAAAAUCAUAGGAUUAAUUAGUAGUUAACUGGUUUUUCGUUCUGUGCUUUGGCAAUUUUUCGUCCUUGAACAGCUGUAAGGAAGCAAGAGAUAUUUCCUUUUCCUUCAAUUAUGCCAGUACAAGUUCAUCUGUCAGGCCAUCGUCUUUUUUUCUCCGUUUAGCGUUGUCCGACCGACGCAAAUUUUUGGGAUUUUCAAAACAAAAAAAACGACGUAGUUGAACCAUUUUUCACUUAAAAUAAUCCUUUUAAUGUGAACGAUGAGCAUAGUGACAGCAUAGAGAAAAACAGGAACAAAAACAGGAACAUUUUUUACAGUAUAUUGUGUAUUUUGUAACUCCAAAUAUGUGAAUUUAACUUUUAACGUCGUCCUGGGUUACCGGGGCCUCCUAUUCCGAGACUUCCGACCUAAUAUCAGGAAACGCAUUCGACGCUAAACGAAAAAAAAGGGGGAUGGCCUCAUAUAUAAUAAAAAACCAUCAGAAUAUACUUAGUUUUAGUUUUUCAACAUGGCAAUGCUUUUUCUGUUGGGCCAUUAAAGCGAGUUUUUAAGGCCUGUUAAAUACUUUCUGAAGAGCCUAGUUUUUAUUCCUCGUUUACUCAUUCUGUUCUGUAAAUUACGGAUCCUCUUUUAAUCCUCUUCAUUUAUAGCUUGGGCGUUUCGUGCUGGGCUUUAAAUCAAAAGACAAAAACCCGGUCCGUAAUUGUAAUUUACUGUACCGGCCUCGAACUCUGCUAAGAAGAGGUAUUUAUUUUCAUUCGCUGCAAAGAAAAAAUGAGGACAGCAUAACUAAAUUGACUUGAAAGCAGUAAAGCUUUUCAAACCUUUUGACGAGAAAACUGCACUUACCAGCUCUCUUCUAUUUCUUUUGCUCAAAAAGCGGGCUCUGUUAAAUUCGUUUACUUUUUGUAAACUAAAACUUAACCCAAUGUCAUUACAUGUGAACACUUCAUUAGGCAUAAGAAAAAGGCGACCAAGAUGUGUCCGCGUUAUUGAUGGUCAGUUAGUCUCCAACUCCAGAUGUGACCAAAGUACACGGCCGAGCACUGUUACCGAGGAGUGUAAUAUUAGUUGUCGGCUCAGGUGGGUAGCGCAAUCUAUCUUCUAAAGCAUACGUUACAACGGUAACAUUAGCCUCGGAAAACAGGCUACAUUUCACGACGUCACCACUGGUUUCCACUGGUUUCCCCGCGAAAUGACGUCUAGGGAACAAGCGCAGAAAUUUCAUAUCGAUAACGUGUUACUACCUAAAUCUUUGUUGUACAUCUGAUUGGUUGAAGCAUAUUUCCCUUGCGGCCCGACCAAUCAUAAGCACUACCCACAUCUGGCUAGUGGCACGUCAUCAGUAUGGAAUUUCUGCUUUCGGUCCUCAGACGUCAUUUCACGGGGAAACCAGUGGUGUCGACGGGAAAGGUCAACUGUUUUCUCAUGCUACACUAACAUCAGUCGACGAUGUCACCUUAAAAGCCGUAUCCACAAAAAAAAUGUUUUGCUUCGUUAAUUUCAGUUUACAGUUUAACGACCGUGUUUCCUCUCUCUGUCACAGAUGGCAAAUUGAAAACCCUGGAAGAUGCUCAGCGCGUUGCGGGCUUGGCUACCAGAGUCGAGUUGUUAAGUGCGUUCGUGUUCAUAAUGACCGCUGGGGCGAGGUCCUGGACAGGCACUGUCCCAGCAAAACCAAGCCCCCUCUUUUUGUGCGUUGUAAUGGCACUUGUGAAGGGACCAAAUGGGUCUACUCUCAGUGGUCGAAGGUAAGUGUUGUUGCUGUUAAACGUCAUAUACUACGCUACUUUACCCAUGCUCGAAUGAGAAUUGAUCACGUGAUCAAUUUUUCCCGCCAUUGUUAACGGGCACGUUUGCCCUGUGUCGUUUGCCGUUAUCGAAGAGAUUUAGAAUCAUGUUUACGGCGACUGGCAAACGUCAAAUUGAACCACAAGACCAAGUUAUCAUCUAAUUUUUCGUCUCUUAAUUUGAGAGAUUGCCAAUGUAAAUCUCGCUUUUGCCGUUUUCCGUGAACGCGAUUCUAAAUCUCUUUAAAUGUUGGUUUUUACAUCCAUACAAGACAUAGCGUUUAAUUACAAUGAUGUCUUAUCCUAUAUUUUUUUAAUUAUCUGACAGGAAAAGGCCAUUUCAUGAAACCUUAGUUAUGUUGGGCGUUCUGUGAUUAUAACGUUUUUAUUUACAGUGUUCAAAAAGUUGCAAUGGUGGCAAGCAAACUCGUUCAGUAGACUGCGUGGACAACUUUGGAGAAAUUCUCAAGGAGCGUGACUGUCGCCCUUCUGACAAGCAAAGGCUGAGACGACAGUGUAACGCAUUUGCUUGUCCUCGGUGGACCACUGAAAAUUGGAGCUCGGUAAGUCGGUGCCAGGUUUGCUUCACUUGGUUUUGGGCGAAACUAUUGGCUACUAGUGACGAUUAAAGUUGUGUGGAGUGUCGUGCUAAGGGGUAAAAGAUAUCAUACCAAAAAUAACACUUAAGUCAUUACCUAAACAAUACGCGCCAAGAUCCUUUGAGCGUGCGAGUAAAGCCGUCCCUCCUCGCUCCCCACCACGAGAGGCGUUUCGCGACCCCUGUGGCGAGGAGAGAGAAGAGAUGACUGUAUUCGCAGGCAAACAGUGGCGAAUCCAGGAGAGGGGCCCGGCCCCGCCUCUUACCUCAGGGUCUGGACGACAGCCCUCCCCCCUCCCCUCCCCCUAUCAGAAGGUCUGGAUCCGCCACUAGCAAAGUUCCUUUUUUUCUGUUUCAAAUUCUCGAAGAAUCAGAGAAAAGGUCGCCAAGUCGAUAGUGAGCCUCAAGGCAGUGGGAGUAUCCCAUGUGUGAUCGAGAAAGAAGGGGAAACUAGAGAGAUAUUCCCUGACUUUAACUCUUUUUCUUCCCGCUUUCUGUCCAUUACUCACUAUUUCACUUCUAUCUGAAGAACCUCUGGGCAAUGGCGCAUCCAGACCUUCAGAUAAGUGGGAGGGGGGCCGUCAUCCAGACUCUGGGGGCCGGGCCCACCGAUCCCCUCCCCUGGAUCCGCCAGUGCCUCUGGGACAGACUAAGCUUUUUAGUGAAGUGUCAAUCGGUAGUAUCUCCUGAAUUUUCAAGAUGAUGUUGAAAGAUUCUGAGACGAGUACAUUGUAUAUGUUGUAGACUCUGCGCUGUAGUAUAGUGGUUCUGGUAAGGACUCUUCUAUAUGGAGUAAUUUUAAUUCGGUACUUAAGCGCAGCAGGCUUUGGUACCAAAGGUAUCAUUAGUUUUUCUAGUCUACGAAACAAGUGGUUUCUGACGUGUGCUUCUUCACUAAGUUAACAUUGUGAGCUCACAAAACAAAUGGCUUAUAUUUUGGCUUCUUAGCAACCUACUAUGGUCCUUCCAAGAAGGCUCAUGCACUGACCUUUACAUGUUUAUCUCUCAGUGCAGCGUGACUUGUGGGUCUGGACAGCAGACUCGACUGGUGAAAUGCAAAGGACAUCAGGGAAUAGUUGACGAAGGACUGUGCAAACAGAGAAGACCUGCGACAACACAACCUUGUGAGCUUCAAGCUUGUCCUUAUUGGUUCGCUGGUGAUUGGAGUGAUGUAAGUUAAGAGUUGAGUCUUGUUGCUGUGCCUUGCUUAAGGAGUAUUGGUUUUAACGGUCGUAGCUUAGGAUUAUAUUUACAGACUUUAAACAUAGCAUCGCCUAAACGUGAUAAACAGCUUCACAGAAAAACGCUGCUCAGUAGCUUUGAUUUGAACGUUGAACUGCAAUAGUCAGUACUGGCGUAGUCUGUCGUUUUCCCUUUUUUUAUCAGUUAAUUAUUUAUUUAUUAGCUCAGCCACCCAUCCACCCCCACCCGCUGGGACUGGCGGUCGAUAUAUCCCCCGGCUCGCGGUUCUAUUUUUCGUUCGCGCACUAGAACAUUACCACCGUUUUAAGCAUAAUAAAUAGUACCAAGGAAAAGUGCUACUUGCAUUCAGUUGAAAAGUGACACAAGAAGACGCUGGGACCCUUUGAAGAUACUAAAAACCCUGUAGAAUAAGGCUUCCGAAAUGAGCUGAUUUAAACAACUUUCAGUUUGUCGAGAGAGCAAUCUGCCGUGACAAAAAUGAAGAAAGCGAAUGAGCGAAGAGGACACUAGGGACGAGGGGAAAGGCAAAGGUUUCUCCUACCCUCCCUUCUCGCCUUAGUCCUCCCCCGUUUGCCUCGUUUGAGUGCUCGUACUCAGUAUGCAUGCCGCUCGACAAUUCUGCGAGAGGAAGCUCUAGAAUUGCGAAAGGUUUUAUAGAUUUUCUUCUUCUUUCUUCACCAGUGCUCCGCGACUUGUGGUAGCGGAAUGAUGACUCGACAGAUCAUGUGCUUGUCUCCAGGCAAGGUCGCUAGACCCCUGAGUGAAGAAAAAUGUUCAGCUGCAACAAGACCUCAGUCGCACAAAGUUUGCAAAACACAAGAGUGUUCGACGCUGUAUAAGAUUGAUCACGAAGGAGAUCUUGAUGAUCAUUACUGGCGGCUCAGUAUGUGGACUCCGGUAAUGUUUCUUGCUACUACUUGCUGUUGUUGUAGAAUGAGAAGCAAUACAAUGCAGUGUUUCUCUCUAAAGUUAAAAAAGCAAUGACAAAGAAACUUUUAACAAUGAAAAACAUGAGAAGUUAACAAAUGGGACUAGGCUACGCUGUCUGGAAUAAGUGGCAAAAAACAAAGUGAAACGAAGCGAGCCGAGCGGUGGACUGGGCCGCUCGGCUCGCUUUAGCUCGGCGAUUCUCUUUAUCUCUUUUCCUCAACCACAGAGCCUGGUCCCAGGCUACACAAAGUGUUCCUGAAGUUGAAUUCAGUACUACCAACAAAUGAAAUCAUCGAGUGGUUGGACUAGUCAAACUCGGGACCUCCGAAUUGUGAAUCCUGCGCCAUGACCAUUCGUGCAAGCUGCCCCUACCUUAUAGUUAUUGUUGUUUUUCGUUAAUGCUUUUGUUGUUGUUAUUGUCGUUAGACGUAUUACUUUUUGUUUUCUUGUGUUAUGUUAACAUUGUUAUCAUUACUGCUUGUGUUGUUGUCGUCGUUGUUGUUUUUUCGUUUGUUUGUUUGUUUGUUGUUGUUUUUGUUCAGGACUCAAAAUAAAUUUGGGACUGUCGCCGGUGGUGUUGACCGGUCAAAGUGUUAAACCCCCGUAACACGAUGAUAACGUCAACGUCCUAGCCUAACAAGCAAAAACAUAAAGGGAGAAAAGAAGCUGGUCUUCUUGAAACGAAACGGUGUAGAAAUGUAUUUUCAUUCUGGUCCCGACAAGUGGCCAUCUUGGCCGGACAUUGUCCGUCAACCGGCCGUUAUUUGGGCCCUGAUGUUUGUUGUUGACAUUGUAGUAGUGGCGAUGUAAAUGCUAACUGAAUGUUAGUUGUUGUUAUUGUUGUUGUAUUUGUUCGGUUGGUGUUGCGGUUUUGCGACUGUCUUGCUUGGGCUGGAAAAAUCCCAUGAACGCUCCUUAAAACCAAGAGGUCAUUUAUUUUUUUUUUAUGAACGUUUAGUGUUCUGUGUCAUGUGGAGAAAAGCCUGGGACUCAGUAUCGUGACGUCGAGUGCGUACUUGUGAGAGGUAGGCAACAGGAUGUGGUUGAUGAAAAUCACUGUGCGCAUACCCCAAAACCCGCUGACCUGAAGGAAUGCCAAGUUCUACCGUGCACAACCUGGAGACACGGAUCUUGGGGUGGAGUAAGUUUGAAGUAGUUGCUAGGCGACUUCCGAGUCCCAAAAACGCUCACUUUCAAAAUGAGGCCAAGUGUGCAACCUUUCUUGUGAAAAUGGGUUUUUUGCAUGCGAAUGAAAAAUCAUUUCCGUAUCAAAGGCUGAGCACCUAACCUCGUUAUGAUACAGAGGCCUGGGGAACUCGGAAACGGCCAGUUUUUGCUGAUAACACUUGUCUCGAUUUUGAUUAUUCCAGAUUUAACAGAAAGUGAAUCUUAUUAUUGUUUUAUUAUACUGUUUUAUUAUUAUUCAUUUUUUAAGCACGGAGCACAGUUUGACAUUGUUCUUGGAAAUCACCUAUUGCGCGCCCAACCUAUAGAUGAGUCAGUUUUUUGCUAGCAGAUGACUCACUAAUCAGGUUGCGCUGAUUUCCAAAUUAACUGUUGGCUCUUAGCCAAUGACAAGAAAGAUAGUGAGGACAAUGUAUAAUAAUAAAGAUGAUGAUGAUGAUAAUAAUAUUACUACUACUAAUAAUAAUAAGAAGAAGUAAUAUACAAAUUAACUCUCUUUCCAGAAUCUAUUAUUCCAGAAUCGAAACAUGUAAAAUAUUUCCAAAUUUUGAUCUGUGCAGAACUUAUUGAACUAUGUGUUUCGACAUUUCAAAACGGAAUAAAAUUUUAUUAUAUUUAAAAGAGCAACACGGUUAGUAAAUCAGAAGGGUGUUAACGAGAACUACUUUCAAUAGAGCUGGAAAAACAGAUAAUGUUGCCUUCAUUUUGUCAGUCAGGCCUUGGGGAUUUAAACGCUUAGUAUGCCUAAUAAAUGCCACAGAGAACCCAACAGAAGGAGGCGUCCUCAAUCACCAAUAAAGAUCAAUGUAAAUUCAUUUGCUUGUGCUUUUAUUUCAGUGUUCACGGCUUUGUGGUAAGGGUGUGCAGCUUCGUGUGGUCAAGUGUACCUAUGAUAAUUUUAAAAUAACCGUGGACAAGAACUGCGAUUUGAAAAGCAAACCGUUAAGCAUACGCCCAUGUGAAAUCAGAGAAUGUAUCCCAACGUCUGCAGUACCAACCUCGACACCAACCCCGACAUCUCUGCAAGCGGUGCCGAGCUGGAAGACGGGGACCUGGGGUCAAGUAAGGAUUUAAUUAACCAUGUGUGUGAUUACCGACAUUUGGCGAGCGAUUCAAGCGCAAGCACAAGAGGUUUAUUUUUUGAAAAAAAGAUACGUUCAUUUAAAGGAUACAACAUGAAAUUCUUCCAAAGAAACAAUGCAGAUCAGAUAAUUCAGAGCCACGGGAAAAAAAAUACAUGAAAAACUAUAUCCCGAAAAGCCUGUUACAAUUGUUGACUAUGCGGUUUGAAAGAAUCCUAACUACUAAUUUGCCAAUAAGAUUCGUAAUUAUGUGAAGGGAAUUAGUAUGUGCAAUCAAAUAGCGACAAGUGAAACUUCACGCGCGUUUUGCCCAAAUUCUAAUAAUUUAUUAUUAAUUUAGUAAAUUAUUAGGAUUUGGACAAAACGCAAGUGAAAUCAUUCUCUAAUUUCACGAGUAUACCAUUUGAUUACCUAUUAAUAUCAUGGGGGAAGAAUUACUUUCGCAAUCGUGGAUUUUUGACAUGUUUAUCGGGGUUUUAUCGCGUCUAUCGAGAAGUUCAGAAUUUUCAGAAUUUUUCAACAAAAUACCUGUUAGAAUCCUCCUUCAUGUGCUUUUUCGUGUGUUUAGGUUUUCUAAAACGUCUUUCAAUGCCCUGACAUCUUCAUUCAUAAAAUUUUAAACAUCGCGCAGAAUGGCUAUUGUUGUCGGGACAUUUACUUACAGUCGAGCUAGAAGCAUAGGGCUGUAAUAUUACAGGUGAAGCGUGAACUGAAUCACUCUCAUUGGUGGAAGUCUGGGUGGUCUUUCCUUUGUAGCGAUUACCUCCUUGUUCAUCAACUUGUCAGGGCGGAGCAAAAAAAACAAAGGCCAUGCGAGCUGUUUUUUAUCCUGUUGUUUCUUAAUAUCUCAGCUUAAAUCGCUUAUGCACUGCGUUCUUACGAGCGUGACAACAGAAACACAGAAGUCUUUACAAUUAAUAUUUCAAUGCGCCGAAAAUGAAUCAAUUUUACGAUCCUUUUACAACUGAGGUUGAAUAAAGUUACAGUCCUUUGAAAACUGGUUGCAAAUUAUUACUGUCAAAGAAAAUUAUCGCGCUCGAAAUGUUAGAGAGCGCUUGUGUCGUCACUAUUACGCUUUAACCCCAAAGCCAUCUGGCACUGAGACGUAUGGAAGGUAGCCAUGGCAGUUUUGUAAUUGCACAUGUGAAACAUAAAUGAACGCUGAAAUUUCGCGCCAAAAUUAAUUAAGGAAUAACUCGUCACCCAUGAUAUUAUGGCUCUAAAGCAACAAUACAGUCCUUCUUUUAAAAUUGAAACUAUAGGGCUAACGGUACCGUUUUUUUUGUUCUGUUUUUUUAACUUUUAUUUGCUAUAUUUGCAGUGCUCAGUGACCUGUGGCUUAGGAGUAAGAAAGCGAACGGUUGAAUGCAGCGAUAAAAGUAGCAGUUGUGAUGCUAGAACCAAACCAGAAACGACUGCAUUAUGUAAUCUCAAAGCCUGCCCACAAUGGAAAACAAGUCAGUGGGGAGAGGUAAGCUAUUUAUGAUGUUCCACUUUCUACACUUUAAACGAACAUGGAAAUAAUUGCACUUAAAGUAAAGAACUUGAUUCAGACCAGGAAUCGCGUACUAGUGGUGUUAUGGCCAGUAACGUUUUUGAUAGACAGACAGUGCAUUGUAGUCGUCUUAUUUCGGCGAAGUUUGUUGGAAAAUCACACCCGUUGGACGGGAAAAAACCCUUGAAAUUAGAACAUAUGAGAAUGUUUACUUGAAUUGUAAAAGCCUUGCUUCUUUCCAAAACAAAGAACCUUCAAACGGCCUCUUAUAUUUUGCACCGAAAAUGAAGAGCGCGCGGGUGCCUCGUGGGAAAGGAUGCAACAGGAAGCCACACAAUUUGCAGUUUAAUUGUUAUUCUGUGACUUAUGUUUAGUGUUCAGUGACCUGCGGUCAAGGACAAAGGCAACGUGAAGUACAAUGCAGAUAUGAGGAUGGUAAAGCAAGUAAUGAAUGUGAUGAAAGCAAUAAGCCAAAGAGCAUCUUUGUCUGUGUGUUGGGAGAGUGUCCAGUUUGGCGCGAAGAGCCCUGGGGAGAGGUCAGUGCAAACACUUACUUACAGUCCCUCACUUACACACACAAUUACAAUUGGUCACUUUCACGAUGACGUCAUAGUGAUAGGUCCAAACCUUGUACAAGAGACGUUAAACAAAAAGAGCUUAUUAUUGCUUAUUAUCUCCAGAGGAUUUUGUAAAUUGAGGCUAUGGUGGAUAAAUUAAUGCUCUGUUGCUUUAGGCAGGCUCCCGGCCGUAAUUUUUGUCAUUUGAUAUUGACUUAAGGCUUGGCGCACGCUACUGGUGUACACGAGCGUAACACCGUGCCUUACGCACGAUUCGCGCUCAAGAAAAGGCACGGUUUUUGUGCCAAAGCACGGGAAAAAAACAUGCAAAGGCACAGAUUAGGCACACUUUAGGCACAGUUAAGGCACGUUUUAAAUAUUGCUAAGGCACACUUUAGGCACAGUUUUGGCACGGUUUAGGCACGGUUUGGGCACAAAUAUUCAACGCUGGGCACUUUUUUGAAAAUCUUUGUAACCCGACUUGCAAAAAAGAACAAACUUGGUACGAAUUACAAAAAUAAUUCAGAUCAAACACGAUACAGUUAGAAGUAUAGGAAGUGUAAGUUUUGAGCCGCGCCGAAAGUCGGGAAAAUUAAAGUAUUCUUCGACAGUCCGUGUUUACUCCGAGGAUAAAGUGGAAAUUCACACGCGAUAUAUGCCGGUCUGAACCUUUUCGAUUGCCAUGCAAUUUUAUAGACUCGCUUUCUUUCGUUUCUAAAAGAAAUCGUGAAAGAAAGUCGAAGCCAUAAUAACAAAAACAAAGCUAAAGAAGUGAGGCACAAAAAUAGCCAAUAAAAGUCGUAGAAAAUACUUUUUGCGAUCGCGGUAAAAUUGGCCUGAAUUUGCAUAACAACAUGAAAAGUACAAAGUGGUAAUUUGAAACCUUCAUGCCAACGCGUGUUGUUUUUUAAAUACAAAAUGCGGCUGCUUUUUAAAAAUAUUUCUCUAACUAAAAAAGUAGGAUUUACACUGUAGUAAAAUAAUUCAAGCUGCUUGUUUGUUUUUGUUUUCUGGCUCUGUUAGCAAAUUAAGCUUUGAUCGUAUAAUAAUCGAUGAGACGUGCCAUUUAUUUCAAAACUCAUCGGCGUGCAAUCAAUUUUUUCGUUUUCAUUUUUUAAGUCAUAUCACAAGUAAAUUCUUUUCUUGAAUGCAAAUCUGCCCUCCUGAAAAAAACAAAUAUUUCGUUCCAACUAAACGCUCCAUUAAGAAGGGGAGAAGAAACCUACUUGGAAAUUUUUUAACAUCGAUGAAAUUAGCAUAAUAUCAACAAUGUAAUUGAGCUGAGCACUUACUUUAAAUACGCUAACCUGUUUAAGAUUCCAUUUUCCUGUUUGUCGGGGCUUUCCCUGCUGUCUCUAACGGUAUUCUGAGUCAUGUUAUUUCUUAUUAGGGGAUAAAAAGGUCGUCAGACCGUGUUUCUAGACUUCGUAAGCCUCAAAACUGACAUAAUUGCCGUGCGCCCUUUUCGUUCGCUGUGGAGCUCGGUAGGCUGGACACGAUUUCCCGAGUGACUCAAUAUUUUGGCACAACUUGUGCACAGAUUAGGCACAGUUUGGGCACAACUUAGGCACGGCUUAGGGACGUUUUUCAAAACUAAAAUACACACUUUAUGCACAUCUUAGGCACAUUUUAGGCACAAAAUCUUUAUGCCAAAGCACACUCUAGAAUCCGAUUUUCGGUCCAACGCACGGUUUACGAAUUUUCACGUUAAAAAAUGCUGUCUAACCUUACAUAUUUGAUCUUAGCGUAAAAAUGGGUUUCCCGAAGUCUUAACAGUUAGUCUAUAAGGAAAAUUUAACUUAUGAGCAUUCCAAAAAUUAUUAUUUCUUCUCUUAACAUCAACAGAAAGUCAAUGAAAAGCAAUCUUUUAAAUUGACGUUCGCGCUGCACAGAGAUCGUAUGUAGACAGAACAUCUUUCUGAAAACGCCCUAACUUUGUUGUUUUGCCAUUAUGUUCAGUAAUUUUUAAUACAGUUAGUACUCAUAAGUCACUGACCUCUUCAGAGAAAUUUUUCCAAAGUACCAUUAACAGAAACAGAGAAAUCCCACAAUAUGCGUGGUUAGACUAUAAAUGUUACGCGAGCUGUUAAAAAAUGGUCCCAUUUUGAGCCAUAUUUUUCAUAUUUCAAUUUUAUUUUGGUCUUACAGCCAGGAAAAAAAUAUUCAGUGAAAAGCUGUUUAUAAACUUUAACUUCUUGCCAAAUAUCGAUGCGAUCUGAGUUUUAAUAAGUUCAUAAGAGCCAAACGAUGUGAGAUUCUUAGCCGUGUACACCAGUAGCGUGCGCCAGGCCUUAAACCUUUAUCUCUUCACUGACCCGCUAUUUUCUUCUUAACGUUAGAGAUUGUCGAGCGCACGUAUGAAUAUAAAAACCGCGGUGCAAAAUUCGUCGAAGAAAAUGAUAAAGAAAAGAGGACCGUUGACAGGCUUCUUUAACCCAUUAGGAAGAAUUUUAGCAGCUCUCUUACAUCCUCGCUUAUAUGGUCGUUUCGCCUUGCUCGUUGAAAUUUUAUUUAUCAAGCGGAACUAAAAUAGAGCCUAGCCUUAGGUAAUGUUGACUUGUGAUAAGCGUACUCCACGAAUCACAUCAUCAUGUCGGCAUUUUCCGCACGAAGGGUCUGUCUCUUGCUUUUCUAACUUAAAUUCUAACAGCGAUUAAUUUUUUUAUGUUCCAGUGCUCAGUUUCCUGCGGUAAAGGUAUCAGACAGCGAAGUGUCAGCUGCAGACUAGCGAGUGGCCAGUUAAGUCCCGGAUGUAGCGAGGAAAACAAACCUACAUUCAGAGAACCUUGCAACAUUAGACCGUGUCCAACAUGGAUAACAGGAGACUGGGGCAAGGUAAUGUGUCACCUGAUUGCUUAAGAGUAUUUAUUAUCAAUGUUUUUUUAUAGUUUGUUUUGUUUGUUUGUUUUGAGAGGGAACAACAGACAGUUAUUGGAUAAACUGGCAAACGUUUGACCCUGUACCACAUGUUAUGAUUUUUGCUCUCUCUCUCUCUCUCUCUUUCGUUGUGGGGAAUUAGACGUUCAUUUCAUUUCUAUUUAUUUUGUUUACAGUGCUCAGUAACCUGUGAUUCUGGAAUCAAAGUUCGUUCUGUGGAAUGUAGUGAUAAGGACUUCAGUUGUGAUGCGAGAACUAAACCGCAAACCACGACUCAAUGUAACCUUAAACCUUGCCCAAGAUGGAAAACAAGUCCAUGGGGAGAGGUAAACUGUUACUUGCAUACAAACGCCAAAAGUAGAUAAAACUUUCUUCACUUUUCACCAACUACACAAGACAGCACACGAAGUUUCUUUGUAUGGCAAUUUUGUGCUCUGCGGAAAAAGAAUAAAGCCUUUCCACAUGACCUCCCGUCCGCCAUGUUUGCGGCCAUGUUGGUGUCUUUUAAAAACUAGUCCCGUGGUGGUGGAACUCUUUUCAUUUGUAAACGAUUUCUUUCUUCGCGAUAAUAUUGCAUAGCUGUAGGCCACGUGAGUGAAAACGCUCUAUAGAGCACCAAAAAAAAGGGAGCGCAGUCCGUAAUCAUGCACGCUAUGUAGGAGCAAGGAGAGGGAGCUUGAAAAGAAGCAUAAAAUCCGCAGUUUAAUCGUUGUCUUGCUGCUUUCGUGUAGUGUUCUGUGACUUGCGGCCAAGGACAAACGCAACGUGAAGUACAAUGCAGUUAUGAGGAUGGCACGACAAGUAAUCAAUGCAAUCGAGGUAAAAAACCGGAGAGCAUCAUGGACUGUGUAAGGGAAGAUUGUCCCACCUGGCGCGAGGAACCCUGGGGUGAAGUAAGUACAAACCUACGGGAUAUUAUUACGAUGACGUCAUUUGAGCUGUGUCGUACCCAGAUCUCUUGUCGACGAAGCCAAGAGAUCUAGGUUCGAGAUAAGUUGUCAUAAAGCACGUUCACAAUAAGCUAUCGUGAGGGGAAACAAAUUUAUUAAACGUCCUUUUUGCUCCAUUUUAGUGCUCCGUUUCCUGCGGCGAAGGUAUCAGACAGCGAAGCGUCAGCUGCAGACUACCGAGUGGCCAGUUAAGUCCCGGAUGUAACAAGGACAACAAACCUGCGGCGAGAAAAAAUUGCAACAUCAGACCCUGUCCAACAUGGAUAACAGGAGACUGGGGCAAAGUAAGACAUCAUUUUUACUUCAUUAAUAGUUCCUGAUAAGAAGCGCAGUUUUUGUUAGUUUCUGUCUUUCUUUUUUGUGAAGUAUUUUUCGUUUUCAUCAUUGUUGGUUGUUUCGUUUGUAGUGUUCAGUGAGUUGUGGCUCAGGAAUUAAGAUUCGAUCGGUUGAAUGCAGCGAUAAGGACUUCAGUUGUAGUGAAAUAACAAAACCGCAAGCCACGAUGCAAUGCAACCUAAAAGAGUGUCCCGAGUGGAAAACAAGUCCAUGGGAGGAGGUGAGCGAGCAAUUGCAAAGAUUUAGCGAGGAGCAUUUUGCUUGAAUAAAAUCCAUUAGAUCUUUCUUUUUCUUUCACAAAACUGGAUGCAUUCGACAUGGCUGAUCCUUGAAGUAUACAGGACGCGUGUCAUGACUGGCUGAGUUCCGUAGGAUAGCCGCCUUUUUGUUUGUUUGUUUUUCAAACUAGUGAAUAAACGAUAUAAAGGGCGUGUUUAAUUGACCGUAUUUUGGAGGAAGAAAUGUAUGGAAUAAACUUAAGAAAUCACUUAACUUUGGCAUUCAUUGCAUGGUAAAAUCUAGAAAUCUGGUGGGUAUUAAUUAUUAAGGUGAAUCUAACAUUCCAGUGGUCCAAAAAAUCGCGGAGGAACGAUUUGUGACAAAUUUUGCGUACUCUUAUUCCGGAAUAUGAUCAAUCGAACACACCCUUAGAUUAACAAAACAGUUGUUAAAUAAGCUACUUCUGAGUUCCAAAAACCAUCUAUUUCCAAAUAAGGCUAAAUGUAAAAAUGAGUCUCAUUUGCAUGAGAAUAAAAAAAAUCAUUUUAAUGUCAAUGACUUUGCUCUUAGCCUCGCUUUGAAACAGAGGCUUGAGGCAACUCGGAAGUAGCCUAUUGGUCACCUUGAAGUUACUCGUGAGACUGCACCGGUGCUGUGUCGAAAUGCAUUAUGGGACUGUUUUGGAGGUGGAGUUUGUUCCAGCUACCCGCGCAGCUUUGUAAUAGCCAAUUGCCUAAUGUCAAACCGAGGGAGCUGUGUACGAGUUGGUUCACAAGGUUUGUGUUUAUUGGGCCAAUAUUGAACGAGAUGCAGCGAAUCAUAACUGCAAAAUUUACUAAGAAAUAUCUAUAGACGUUCGGACAGUGUACCCGGCAAUGCUACAUCUCUUAGUAAACUUUCAACUUUUUAAACAGCUGUAUCUUUUUAAAAUAUUGUCGCGACUAACACUAAAUAUGUGAAUUUUGUAAUGCUCGGUGUCUUCUACGUGCAUCUCGUGUUGUUUAUUCCAUUAAACAAUUAAGCACUCGGUUUGAAAUUACGCAAUGAAAGGAGCGAUAGCGUCACAUAGCUGUCCUAUGGUACAAGUCGACACAACAUCAACCCAGGCUUACGCGGAAAUCUCAAAAUGGUCUAUACUCAUUUAAGAGGCGCAAAUAACUUUUUGUUUACUUUCUAGUGCUCUGUCUCCUGUGGAAACGGUACCAGGCGGCGAAGCGUUAAUUGCAGACUACAAAAUGGCCAGUUGAGUCCCGGAUGUGACGAGGAAAACAGACCUGUAACGAUAGAAGCUUGCGACAUUAGACGGUGCCCAACAUGGAUUACCAGGGACUGGGGAGAGGUAAAAAUUCGACCCCACUGACUUCUGUUCUUAUUUGCCAAUGAAAGGACAAAUCAGCAUGAUCAAAUGAAGUGACACUGUGGAGUUUCAUAAUAACCUGUGUCACAAUAGAGGAAAUAUAUGAAAGCUUGAAUUUUACGAAUCUAUCACAAAGAAUGUACACUGGAUCGAAACUUGAACAUUUUUUUCUUAAUUCUGGACUUGCUUUCUAAUGUAACCUUGUGGAGUCAAUUUUGUUACUUUUGUAACUUUUGGGUCUCUCAAUUUAUUCCAGUGUUCUUUGACUUGUGGCUCAGGAAUAAAGCUUCGCGUAGUAGAAUGUAGUGACAAAGACUUUCCUUGUGACGCGAGAACGAAGCCACAAACAACAGCCCAAUGUAACCCGGAACCCUGUCCAGAGUGGAAAGCGAGGGCCUGGGGACAGGUAAGGAAUCAACUACCUUUCUUUUUCUAUAUGCAGUAGUGAACAGUAACUUGCCGGAGGGAAUUGCUACCAGGCAGGGCAAUAAGUGGGUAGUUUUAGUUGUCACGCUUAUGGCAAACGUCUAACGUCAGUUUCAAGUUGAGAAUUUCUCAAAAUAGAAAAUAAGCUGAUAAAACUGAAAAGUCCAGGGCGAUUCUUAUGCACAAAACUAAUGUGAAAAUACUUUUUUUGGAGAAAGAAUUGAACAGUAAAAGACAAGUAAAGCGAAAACUUGGUCACGUCGUACCAAUUUACGUUUGUCGUUUGCCGUAAACGAGACUCAGCUCUAAAUCUUUCUUUUGACUCACUGCGGCGCAUUUUUUACAUUGCGUACACAAAAAUAAUCUUCAAAAUGCGCAGCCAGAAACCGGAGAAAUUAUUGUUGUGCUGUGGAGCUAAAAAGAUUUGGCUAUUGCCUGGUUUCAAACCGUGGGGCACCUGGUAUGAGGUCGUUUAUCAUGGGAUUAGGGAGCUGUUUUGCUUAGCACUCGCGAGGAAUAACCCACACCUCGCGCUUUAGAAGUCAAAUGAAACUCUGAGUAGUACCUUUGCCAGUUUUUGAAUAGUGGUCAUUGCAUUUGUUUCUCUCUAGUGCUCAGUGUCCUGUGGAGUGGGUGUCCGGCAGCGAGGUGUUUAUUGUGUAUCACGAAAUGGCCGGCUUAGCUCCGGAUGUACCCAGAAAACCAAACCCUUCACAAAUGAAGCUUGUAACAAACGACCGUGCCCUACUUGGCUUACAGGAGACUGGGGCAAAGUAAGAGGCUGUCUUGAUUGUUUCAAGUUUUUUUGUUUGUCUUUUUUUGUUGUUGUUGUUGUUGUUGUUGUUGUCUAUGUCUAGAAAAAGCUCUGAAAUAGUCCUUGGUUUACCAUCUCAGUAAGUGCAUUGGUAAACGACUUAUUGUUUGCAUGUCUCACAAUGUAAGUCACUUGAAAAGUAGAUCGCAACGUUUCGUCACCUUACUGCCGGUGUUUUUUUUUUUUUUUUACUGUAUUAUGGGACGGCUAAUAAGCGACCAGUAGGCCACUUCCACGAUGACGUCAUUUUACCGACUACGACCAGAAUCUUUUAGGGCUUUGCUUCCUUGUGCAUAUUAGGGUUUUUUUUAAUCUAAACCUCAAUGGGAUUACCAAUUUAAAUAUGAAAGGAAAAGCGAAAAGGAUCCUGGGGCCCGUUUCUCGAAAGUCCCGGUAACUUUACGAGCCCGAAAUCAAAUAUUCGAAUCGAAAUAUAAAGAAUAAGAGCGCGGGUCCUGGCUAGCAAACAACUCCAUUUUGUUUCAUUAACUGACAGUUUUAUCACGUUAGAUGCAAAACUAUUGAAACCUCGAUCUUUAAUGUAAACGGAGACAGCUUACCGGGCCCGUUGAUUAUCGAGACUUUCGAGAAACGGGCACCUGGUCGUAGUACAUGUAGUAAAAUGACGCCAUCGUGCAAAUGGCCUAUGAGUUUCUUCUAUUGUUUACUGAUUAAUCCAACCACCUACUUACAACAACGUCCUUGGAUGAUCUAUUUGCAGUGCUCAGUAACUUGUGGUUUGGGGGUAAAGAAGCGUUCUGUUGAAUGCAGCGAUAAAGACGUUAGUUGCGAUGCGAGAACAAAACCACAAACCACGGCGCAGUGUAACUUGAAAACAUGCCCUCAGUGGAAGACAAGUCCAUGGGGAGAGGUAAAUAUUAAUAAUUAGACAGAAAAUCUUCACCUUUUUAAUGUGUUACAGUUACAAUUUCUUGAAGGGCUUUUUGACGAAACAGUCUUACAAAGAUUUUGUGGGUCCUCUUAGGAAAGAUGGCAUACUGGAUAUAGCCUGUAUACAUACCCUUCCCCCCUCCCCUCCCAUUUUUCCUGUGGGAAGGGGGAUCUGUGCACAGGCUAGCUGGAUAUGCGCAUGGAAAAUUAUAGGGAUACGGGACAUUCGAGCAUAACAUAGAGAGAGAAGUAGGGACAAGAAAUUCGGGGAGCGUGAAUGUCAAAGAAUCGUUUCUGAUAGAAUAAGGAGCUUAACGAAACUUGAGAAAAAGACUCAUUAAUGAGAUUGUUGUCGUUUUUGUGUUGAUUGUUGCUAGCCUAAAAAAACAGCCAACUUUUGGCGACGCUACGACUGGGUUCCCCUCCAAAUAACGUCUGAGAAACGAGCGCAGAAAUUCCAUACUGAUGACGCGUCACUACCUAGAUCUGGGUACUGCUUCUGAUUGGUCGUGCCGCGUGAGAAAUUUAUUCAACCAAUCAGAAGCACUACCCAGAUCUGGGUAGUGACGCGUCAUCAGCAUGGAAUUUCUGCGCUCGUUUCUCAAACGUCAUUUGGCGGGGAACCCAGUCGUAGCGUCGACAAAUGUCGGCUGUUUUCUCAGGCUAGGAAAUGGCUAUCCUCUCCUCGAAAUGAGUCACCAUAAGUUUUGGCAUAAUUGCAAGAAUACAAAGCAUUGAAAUUAACGGGAUACUGGAUAUUUAGACCCAAGAAUUUAUGGGAUGUGGGAUACGCAAUUACCAUCUAAUGUGGCCUCGCCGUAGGAAAAUGCAUUUGUCAAGUGUUAUUUUGCCGAAGUUGUUAUUUGUCCAAUUCAGCGUAAUUUCUGUGCUGAGGUUUAAAUUGUCCCAGUCGAAUCGUCGCUUGCGUUUUGCUUGAACACAUGAUUGUACUUUACAACUUUGUUAUUUUCUUCAGUGUUCCGUGUCAUGUGGUAGCGGCCUCAGAAGACGUUUGGUGCGUUGCCAUGGAGAAAGUAGCAGAUGUGACUAUAGAAGCAGACCAAAGAGUGUGGAAAGAUGUAACCCUGGAACAUGCCCAACUUGGAAAACAGGGACAUGGAGCAGGGUAAACAGCAAGAUACUGAAGCUAUUCUUUAAAAUAAAUCAAGAGGGGUAUUAAAAGAAAUGUCGCAAUAAUACCACACCCUUUUUUCCUAAUAAUUUGCCCGUCAUUUGUCGAAAGACUACAGUAAGAUAGAACCAUUUGUGACUUGGUCGCUGGUAGUUUAAGUAUUUGGAGCCAUCAAAGGCAUCCCAGACUCUACGGGAGCCGUUUGGUUUUAAACUUUCUACAAUAAUGUAAUGGAAUUUAAACAAAAUAUGCCCCUGAUCCUGCCUUUUUGAAAAGUUCCAAAUCAUAGUGACCAACUUAACUGUGUUUGUGUUGUUGCUGUUGUUGGAGCCAUUUCGAAGUCAACUGGAAUUUUAAAGCUCACCAUAUUUUGUUUACUUCAAUACAUUUUCGUAUAUACUUUUAAAAAACUAUAAUUAAUAUCUUCCGUAGAGUCUGGGCCGCCUGUUGAGAUGCCUUUAUAUAUUUGCUUGAAGGCCUAAGUCUCUGUGAUUGAUCAAAGUCAUCAUCAAAACCUUGUUUUUGAGAACUUGAGACUCAAUCAUCACUACUUCCUUCGGAAAAAUGUGUAAGUGAUGUUUCUUGUCCUAUUUAACCUCCUUUCAGUGUUCGAAAACCUGUGGAAAUGGAAUAAAAUUUCGUCCUGUGAAUUGUCAUGGCCUCAACUCUCAGUGCGACCUCAAAACUAAACCGGUCACGAGGGCCCACUGUAAUCUUGGACCUUGUGCCGAAUGGAAAGUGGGGGACUGGCAACAGGUAUUGUUGUUUGCAGAGUGCCAGAGUCCCUUUUUUUACAAUUUAGUGUCGCCAGAAAUAGUAAAAUGUGAUGCGAUGUACUUUUUAGUGUACGGUUACCUGUGGCAGAGGAUGGAGACGCCGCACUGUGGAAUGUACUACAAGAAGAUUACGAUGCGAUUACAGAACUAAACCUGACGUGUACGACAUGUGUGACAUGGGAAAGUGUCCUGUGUGGAAAGCUGGGCGGUGGGGUGAGGUGAGUGAGUAUAGCCCCUGAUCUUCUGGAGCCUAUUAAUUUGUUACAAUGUCAUUCAUAUAUAAGCAAAACGCGACAGAGUAGGAAUGCCGCAGGGGUGAGAGCAGUCGCCUGUCACCACUUUAGUCUGCUCUUCCCCUUCCCACUCGAGCGCCCUCAACUUAGGGUAUCACCAAUGUAGCCCAAAUUGGAGUUUCGGCAUUGUUUUGACAGGGAAGGAAGAACUAUAGUUUCGUCACUUAAACAGCUAUUUAUAGAGACAUGAAGGACAUAAAGCAAGAGCUUUAAGAACUCUAAGGGGUACCGUGGAUAAGCAAAUAACACUUUUACAUAACAUUUUCGUCCUUUAUUAUUUCGCAGUGUUCUGUGUCUUGUGGAGAAGGUGUUAGAAGGCGAUCCGUUGAAUGCACUGGAGGAGAGGGCAAAUGCAACUCUAGAACCCAACCUAUAUCAACAAUCAGAUGUAACCUUGGUUCCUGUCCCCAGUGGAAAGCUGGACAAUGGAGUCAGGUACAAACCGAAAGUUGAUAUAAUCGUCAAGUAGCAAUGACGAAGCGACGCUUUUAACAACUAGGGUGACAGUCCUUUCGUGUUAUGAGCGGAAUGACGUCACGAUUUGGUCAUUUCGUGACGUCAGCACGCCCAUCACAUCCUCGUUUAGCCUGCGAGCAAGCUCACCAUUUGAGGGAGGCGGGAGAAGCCACGCGAGAGCCGCUUGGGAAACGCAGCUCCGCCCCUCGCCGCUUCGCCGCUCGCUCGUGCGUUUUGUCGCGGCUCGGCAUAACUGGAGAGCUUGCACUCAGGCUAGUCCUCGUUUAACAUGGAAUUAUCUUUAUUCGCUGAAUAUACCUUGCAAAAUCUAAAAGAAAACCAUGCAGUCUGGAGUACUUAAACAAAAUUCAGGACGAAAGAUGAGAAUUCUAUGUGUCCUGACAAUGCACGGUUAGAAUACAGCUUGUUUUCUACCGCAGGAAGAUGUCUUUUAUCACGGGUUGGUGAAAUUAAGCUGGGAGAUAUGACAUAACAUGACAUCUCUUUUCUCUCUCUUUUUUUUACUUCUCAAUCAGUGUUCCGUGUCUUGUGGGAAUGGUGUAAAAUCACGCAGCGUGGAGUGCAGUGGAAAUAGGGGCAAAUGUGAUGUACAAACCAAACCCACGUCCACGGACAGCUGUAACCUUGGUUCCUGCCCUGUGUGGAAAGUUGGAAACUGGGGCCGGGUAAGAAUCCCUCUGUAUGUUCACUUUAUGCAAGAAAACCUUUUGAUGAACUUAUCCACUUAUCUAGGAAAUGCUGUUACCAGGGUCUGAAAGGAUAUUCUCGAGAUCCCGGAUUAGAACGCCACUCGGGAAGUGGGAUUCGCCAAAAUCUCCGCAGGGGUAUUGCCGCGCAGUGGCGGAUCCAGACUUUCAGAUAAGGGGGAGGGGGGGGAGACGGUCUCAAAUGCAAUUUUUUUGCGGGCCUCAGUUUGGACUAAAUAUAACGGGGGCCCCUCCGUGGAUCCGCCACUGAUUGGGAAAGAAAACGGUUUUCAGGAAAAAGAUGACAGAAGUUCGGGAUACGGGUUGGUCGCGAAAAAGGGGCGGGAAUGCGGGCUGAGGACACCUUCAAGCCCCCAUCCCCCCGCCCCCCCGCCUCCUUGCAGACCCUGAGUUACCUCCCUUAUUUCAUUUCCUCAACUUUGGCAAACAAAAGCAAUAUCUCAUUCACCCACAUCCACGACAACAAAAACAACAAAUUGUAUUUAGAUUUAACAUAUAAGUAAUUACAUUAUUUUCCCAUCCGCAAACAGGUUAUAAACUAAUCUAGGCGGGAGGAGGGGGGCGGGGUGGAGGGACAUACAAUUUUAAUACAAGGUUCAUCUAUUUGAUCGACUAAACAACAUUCAACACACACCCGUCCAUCCUGGUCAGCCCACGUGACCAUCGCCUGAAACUGGGAGCCGAAGCUGACGUCUUUCGUGGUUUUAAUCGACUUUUAUCACCCUAAAACUAAUCCAUGUUUGCUAUAUAGCAAAUUAACAGCCGUCUAACCUACCAUGCAGAGGUUCGUCUUGCGUUCGUUUCCCACGUUAGUUGGGAAGCAACGUGUGACAAAGCCUUAAGAACAUCCACGUGGGAACGCGUGACAAGGCCUUAAGAACGUCUUCGUGGGAACGUGUGACAAAGCCUUAAGAAAGUCUACCUGGGAACGCGUUAGAAAGCGUUAAGAACGUCUACAUGGGAAGCCAGGAGCUGUCUACUCAUUAGAAAACUUUGUAAGGCGUUGUGUAAUUUUUUUUCCAGUGCUCUGUAACUUGUGGAGAUGGAUUUAGAAAACGGGAGGUAACAUGCAGCAGAUUAGAUGUCAGCUGUGACGCUGGAAAGAAACCACAAGCUACAUCCAGCUGUAACCCUGGCUCGUGUCCCGAAUGGAAGGUCGGCGAAUGGGGAAAGGUAAGUUAUAAGUUGUUAGGAUUGGGAAGUUUUUUUCAAACCUGUGAGCAAGCUCUUCAUUCCUAAUGGCGCGCAAAGCAAGCCGCGAAAGAAUGCGAGUCUCCUUUCACGUACCGCUAGCACGUGGCUUCUCAUGAUAUUCCCCAAAUCGAGAGCUUGUCAGUCGCAGGCUAGGAUUUCCCCGCUAAUGCAGUCAACUCUCUCAGUCUAACACCUCCCUCCUCCGCAGAGGCCUCUUUGUGUCGUAAGGAGACUGUGGAGAAAGAAAAAGAAAGCGCGCGGGGCACGAUGGGAAGAGGAAAAAGAGAAAAGAGGCCUUUCUUUCUUCCCAUCAUCUCCCUCGCGCUUUCUAUAUUUCGAUUACAGUAUUGCUAUUUUUAUUGGGAUACACAGCGGGAGCAUCUGCGGAGGAGAGAGCUCUAACAUGGGGUCCGUCUUAUAGAGACUCCACCGAAAGGAGUAAAGGAAAGCAGGGACUAAAUCUAGGUGUUCGUUUUAGCGAAGUGUCCGUCCUAUAUGGAGGUGUUUGUUAAGAGAGAGGUGACUGUACACUCUAUUAAUUGCGGGCGAUAAGAGAAGCACGCAAUCCUAAUCUGCAAAUGUUGUUAUUUCGCAUGCGUCACAUGUAUGUAGCCAGCAUUCGUUUGGACUUCCACUAAGAAUGAAUGGAAUACACAAAACGCAAUUUUAUCACGCGCGUUUCGACCUUCUACUCCUCGUACUCUGAUCACGCGUGUUUUGACCAUCUGUCACGUGAAACUUACGCAAGGCGUUUGGACCUCCGAUCGUUCUCGCCCGCACCCCCUAACCUUUGGUUAUUGCUAGUUUUAUAGUAAAUGUCAACUAUAAAGACUUCGGAGAUCCUUUAGGGCCAAGAAUUCAAGUUUCAAAGCACUUAGUGAAUUACUAAGAAUCCUUCGAUCUUACCUUGCUACAUUUGUAACAAGCGUCCAAACCUUUCACCCUUUUUUAGUGUACUGUCACUUGUGGAAAUGGUUUCAGAGGGCGGGCCGUACUGUGCAGCGGAGGAACAAAUAAAUGUGAUUCUAUUUCCAAACCGAAAGCCAUUACGCAGUGCAACCCUGGUACCUGCCCUACAUGGACUGCAGGAGAAUGGAGUAAGGUAAAGAUCAAAUAUCAAAAGUGUAUUUUGUUGCGAGUACCAAGACGUGCUUGUCACCCUGCACAGGCGUCACGGCGUCUCAUCUUUCUUUUCGCCUACACUUGAAUCACGUUUCGUGCUCGUUGGUCUUUCACUCACUAAGACUGACCCACUCGCCAAGAGCUGUAGAAAUGUACAAGUUGCACUUAGAAACUUUCUUCCUCCUGCCCACCGUCGCCUUGCCAACACUUCACGUUGUCACUCAAAAAUAUGCGUCUUCUCAAGUUCACCCUGACAACAAGUUACAAAUGCAUCUCAGAAGUCUUAAAACAGAUUUCUUCGUCUCUUUAUAAGUCGAUCACGUAUUUUAUUGUCCUCAACUUUCUUCUUAGUGUUCCGUUACGUGUGGUAGUGGCAGGAAGCAACGUGAGGUCACAUGCAGCAGAUCAGAUGCCACGUGUGAUGCGACAAACAAACCAGCGUCUACUGCAAAGUGCGAACUUGGCGCAUGCCCUAGAUGGGAAAUAGGGGACUGGGGUCAGGUUAGUGUGAGCGGAUAUCUGGAAGAGCAAGAGACAAAUAGGAUAACUGCGUGAUAACGUCAUUUUACUUCCAGAAACGUUCAGUUUGUUGUCUUAUUGUGCAAGUUAGGGCCUAUUAUCUUCGGUUGGUCCACGUAUUUCUAGUGACUUCAUUCCUCGGAAAGGGUUUUGUAACAAGUUAUCAGAAGUGAAAUGAUUUUAUUCCUCUGGAGUUUGACCUCACUAAUUUUUCUUUCCAGAGGAUGUUCCGGAGUGUCUUGGGGUUGAUCCGGGUGUGUUCGGGAGUGUUCCGCACUUCCGGGCCUGAAAAUAUCUCGGGCCAGUGUGAAAUAGCUAACUGAAUAACAGAAAAGGCGAGCAAAACGUUCCCGUACCGAAGCGUGACGUCACUAGAAGUAUGAAGACGGUUGGGAAGUCAAAGGGCCUUUCGACGGAUGUAAUUGAGUGGACAUAUCAAAAUUCAUACUUAUCUCUAAGGCUUGGGGGAAUGAAAGAAAAGAAAUGUGUUAUUCUUCCCAGAACCUCUAGGUUAUUUCCUUUGUUGAGUGUUCUCGGAACCUAGCAAAAAUAUAAUUUAUCGACCAUGGUCUAUUGGCAUGGAAUUAUUGAAUAACACCGCCACGCUUGAAAGAAGUUUGUUUAUGGCCUAAUUCUGGUAAAAAGUGUUCUUCAUUUGAACAUUAAAAUUCUACAGUUGGUCAGGCUUUCUUUUAAGAAAUAAAUUGCUUUUCCCUUUGUAGUGUUCAGUGACCUGUGGGAGUGGAAUUAAAACACGGGCUGUCCACUGCAGUGGAGCGUUCAACAAGUGCGAUCCCUCAAAAAGACCCGCGAGUUCCACUAGCUGCAGUUCUGCUCCUUGUCCACGGUGGAAAGUUGCUGCGUGGUCAAAGGUAGAUACUAUGAAAAAGUAACCCAUUAAAAUGCACUCAGACUUUAGCGUAUGAAGAAGUGCAUAGAUUUACUUAGGGAACUUGGGAAUGAAUGCAGAAUCGACAAGGUGGAAGUCAGGAAUCGCUAAGUUUUGAGCUCUAAUUAAGGGUUCCAACCAACACCCAUCAAAUAGCCUCACCUCUGACUGUAUGUGUGUUGUGGUCUCAUUCGCUUAGAAGACCCUUCAGUGCAAGCUAACCAGCCAGGCCGACCACAUGCUGGCAAAGAUGGACCACCACAGUGGGGACUAGGCCCCCUACUCUUUACAGACAGUGUAUGGGGUUCCUUUAAAGUCCCACGUAUUUUAAAUGAGUAAGGGUUUUAGUCAAGACCUUCAGUUUAUCGUCUUUACCUCUUUUAGCCUGAAGGAAUGUGGGAAGUUCUGGGAGGUAGCAGAAGUCAAGUUUAUUUACUUCUUAUAAAACUCCGCUCUGUUUUAGUGUUCUGCAUCUUGUGGAGGAGGAGUUAAGGAACGUCUGGUCGAAUGUGUAGUGGAGGAUAAGAAGAGCUCUGCCUGUGACACUGGGACCAAGCCAGUUGCUCAAGCAAGCUGCAACCUGGGCCAAUGCCCACAGUGGAAGAUAGGAGAAUGGACGGAGGUACUCACUGGAGCAAAGAAAUUCCCCUCCCCUCCCUUCCCCUCCUCCCUCCUUGAGCACCAAUAAAUCGUCGCCAGCUAUAGAUGGUUUAUCUUUCUACUGUUGCAACAACUUUUCCGUUACCUUUUGGCAAAGCGUUCUUAAAUAUUUAUUUUCCAGAAGUAGUCUCAUUCUGUUAUUAUUGGGCUGUCUGUGGCAGAGUUUAUCUAGUUUGUACAGAUCGUUCUUUUCUUUUGUUCUAUUGACGCUUAAUAAUUUCAAGGUUACACAAUGGUGGGUGGAAAGUUUAACCCUAGCCACAGAAGUAAAAGGUUUUUCAACAUCUGCGAUCUUAUUUUUGUCGUUCUACCUAUUUUGUUUCAGUGUUCAGUUACUUGCGGUAGCGGAAUCAAACAACGGAAAAUAGAGUGUGUUAGCGGAGUGGACGCCUCAUGUGACGAAAGAACAAAACCAUUAGCGACAGGCAAAUGUGAUCUUGGACGCUGCCCCAGAUGGCACACGGGGAGGUGGACUGGGGUAAGUUACUUACCUAGAUAUAACGAACUUCCAUAUGACGAAGUCCUGGUUAUAACGAACAAUAUUCUUUGCCACAGUAAUAGCAAUUUAAUAAUGGAAAAGAACCUCUAUAUCUCGAUACAGGGAACGUAUUUUGCCAGUCUGUUGUUCCUUUCUUAUAUCGAGGUUCUGCUGCGUUGCCUUCGUUAACAUCUUUUUCUCUGUAGGAGGGGUGUAUUUGCACUACCUAGAAUCCCCUAGAGGUCGAUUAUUUCAGGAGUAACGAUGUGUGGCUGUGUACAAAUGCUUCUUAUGACACUCGAGUCAGUGACAGGUUUUUUUGCAAACACCGUACCUUCUUAAUGAGUCACACGAUUUCAGCACCAAUCAGCUGAACACAGAACUGAAUGAGAUACCGAAAUGAAAGCUCAAAACCGUAGGCGAACGCAAAAGAAGUACAGAAAAUCCCAGCCUGUUCCAGGCUCCGAGAUGAUCGGAUCCACGAAAUUUAGAAAGAGCGAAAACGAAAAUAAAACGGCAGGGAACUGGGGAGAGGAAGGGCGGCGGACUUCCCUUUUCCCGCAACCGCCCUCUUCUCCCACAUCAAACAAUUAUAUUUUCGCGUGCCUUUCACUAACGCUGAGAGCCUGGAACAGGCUAAGAAAAGCCAAAAUGGUACAGAUAGGCAAAACUAGCGAAAAUUAAGGAUGUUGGACCCUGGUCAGGAGCCGAUCGGCUCCUGCCCUGGUAGACUUACAAAAAAAGUGGCACAGAGAGUGAGUCCUUUGAAAAACGUGCUCAAAUAUUCUUUGUUUUAAGCGAUGAUUGUGACAGUAAACAGGAAAAAACCUUUGCCUUGCAGAGCCCUUCGAGGGUCUAGCAGUUUGUAGGGCAAAGGCAAAACCUUUAUAUGUUAGUUAUUUUAAGACCCUAAGAAUUGGAUCGGGGCCCCGGAGAUCGAACACGUGACCUAUCGCUCUGCAGCCCAUCACUGUUGCGACCGAGAUAGCUCUGUCGCAGUUUAAAGUAACUGUGGUCUUAAAAUUUCCCUUGCAGUGCUCUCGCACAUGCGGCAAAGGUAUCAAAAGAAGAGCUGUUGGGUGUUUUUCAAUGACCACUCGAAAACAAAUCAACGAUGAAGCCUGUGAACCAAAGCUCAGACCCGCUACUCAGCUAGAAUGUACCAUCAAGAGCUGCAUUCCGGAAGCUAGAUGGCGCAAAGGCAGCUGGGGGAAGGUAAGGAUAUUUAGUAAUUAUUGAAUGAGGCUAAGUAGGAUGUGAAGAAUUAUGCAAAUCCAGGAGGAUGUUAUUAGCCGAGGUGGAAAACAUCCUCCUCAAACGAAAACCGAAUUUAAUAAUUGUUUUAUUAUUCAUUCAAAAUGUUUCUAAGUUCUGAAAACGACUACCCCCUCGUAGACUUCCUUCAGACCUUGUUCCUGUUUCUAGCAGGGUUUCAUGAUAUAAAGAGAUGUUUUUCCUUGCAGGUACUCCUCAGACCUCGAAAAGUAUAUAAAAUCCAUCGAGCGAAAUGUUUAGCGUAUUCUUGUAUUUCUUCCGUUCAGAUUUAAUUAGAAAUUCAGCUAAUUCAGUCUUUGAUAACCUUAAACGCUAUUAUUUUUAGUUCACUCGUGAAUAAACUGCUUCGUUUCCAACUAAAUAGACCAUUGAUCAACCUCGUUUCCAAUCAGAUAUACCAUCGAAUCGAUGGUAUGUUGCUCGCGUCUUCCAAAUAUGGCAAGCACCAGUUGGAUAUUUCUUUCUUUCCCAUUUUGAAAAAUGAAAUUGUAUUUGUCGAAUUUUGUUUUUAACCACUUCUGGGAGGGAAACUGUUUAAACCUUUUUGUUUAUUGUUGUUGUUUUCGUUUGUUUCCGUUUUUGUUGUUUUUGUUAUUUGUUUUGUCUUUGGGUUGUAUUGCUAGUUUUCUUAAAUCGCUUUAUUUUUCCCCCUUUUCAACUAUACCAGUGUACCAUCUGUGAUAUCCAUGACAAGUCUCUCAAUGUCGAUAGUGGAGUGUCUGUUUUUGUGUAAAAUGUUGCAGAAGUUAUUGCAGCAGUUUGUUAUUUUUAUCAUUCUGUUGUAAUUGUUUUUCAAUUAGUUUCAUGUUCGUUGAAGUUAUCACAAUUAAAGUUGAUGGUUUAAACUAAUGUUUGCAUUUAUUAAUCAAUCGCAGUGCUCAGUGUAUUGUGGUAUUGGUGAGAAGUCACGUGAUGUCUGGUGCAGUACAAAGAACGGAAAAAAAGUCCCGGAUGAAUAUUGCGCAGGCGAGCAUAAGCCUAGAAUGACACGCUCCUGUAACAAGAACCGGCGCUGCGGUGAAUGGGAAAUCGGCUUGUGGACUGAGGUGAGUACAAAUAGGAAUCGUUAAACAGUCCUAAUUAGAAAGCUUAUGAAAAGGCGUUUUGGAGCCACGCACAUCAAUCGGAAAUGAGGCCUGUUGCCUUUUAACAUGCCUUGACACUACUGAAUUUGUCUUGCAAAACGUCUUUACUCUGAAAGAGAGAGAAGUCCACUUCCAUUUGCCGCGCGACGCUCAAAAUCUCUAAAAGCUAAGCUUAAGCUCGCUAUUCGCGCCGUCGCUUUCGUUGAAACUAGCGCAUUAAAAACAGAAAGAACUGAAACAAACUGUCUCUGUUAAAUUUGCAAGUUGAUUGUGAAAUUGCUUGUCACUGUCGAGGUGAAUAUUUACCUCGCUUUCUCACGCUGCCUUAUAGUGCAUUUCGACCGAAAAAAAAACUGGCUCAGGGUGCUUACCAUCACAAACCAUGCUUUUGGAAACCUUCCGCACAAACGUUAGGCUAUUAAAUUUGACGUUGCAGGAGAACGACUCUCUUUAAAGUGUCUCCAAAAGUGUCUCCAAAUCAUCUGGAGAGACAUUCAAAGAGAAACACUGAUUUGCAUCGUCUCAAAUCACAGCACAUGUUUUCUGAAGCUUUCCAAACAAAAUGGCGCGAACCAUUUGACUUUCCAACCGGAAUUUCCGGUUUUCCUUGCCUCGCCCCUGUACGGCGUCCCCCAGGACCUCUCGGUCAAGGCAUUUCGGUGACGUAUCCGAGACGAACAAAAACUCGCUCGGAUCACGCGACCCGAAACGCAUCGGACGCGCAGAAUAAUGAGGCCUAAGGACUAGGCAACGGUUUCCUCAUAUAAAUGGUAAGGAAUCUCAGAAGUUAGAACUUUUAUUGAUUAUUUUCCAGUGUUCAAAAACGUGUGGUGAUCGAACAAGAAGACGGCCUGUUAGGUGUCUUCACCAGUUAGACUACAAAGACGAUACGUUCUGUGACGGCAGAACGCGGCCAUCUGAACAACAGCCAUGUAGCCAAAUAGCAUGCCCACGUGUUCGUAACAUAUACCAAUGGCAAACAACCCCGUGGAGCGAGGUAUGUUAUAAUACGACUCCUAAUUCAACCAGUCAAGGAAUAAGUCUUUAUAGGAACCUCUUUACUUUUAACUGAAAUAAGCUGUCUUAAUCUUUGCCAUGCCUUCAGAUGAAACACUGUUUAAAUGUACAUUUAGUGUCAGACAUUUUCUCGUUGUUUUCUUUGUUUCUGUCAACGAUGCAAAUUUGGCACGGUAAAUAAACACAGUAGUUUAACACCUGGCAUCAGCUUCAUAUUCUCCUCUUUCUUUAUUCCCUGCUUUCGUUAAUAAUAAGACGAAUUUGUUUAGAUGUUUGUUUUCUGAUUACUUUUAAUCUUCUCGUGUCCAAAAUGAUUGGUAAAGCACUAAGUUUAUACGGGGAAUUUGGUUGAUAGUCACUAAAAAAGUUUAACCUGAAGCCUGUUUUUAAUUGAUGUAUUCAAAGAGGAAAUUAUAUAAUGCUCACUUCAGAAAAAGUAGUUGUGCUUUGGUGUAGUUGUCUAGCCUUAACAUGCUCUUAAAAGUCACAAACACUUUGAAAACGAUUUUACCAAAAAAAUAUAUGUCAAUUUUCAAUAUGUUUUCUGACACAUUUUAGUGCUCCAGUUCCUGUGGGUACGGUCAAAAGUCACGUGAUAUUUGGUGUGUUGAUCUUUCGAGACGAAACGUCAGCGACGCACUUUGUAACCCGGAAUCCAAACCAGAAAGUUCUGCUGCUUGUUAUGGUUCGAAAUGUCCCUCACAAUGGAAACACGGUGAUUGGUCACCGGUGAGUCGGUUGCGCAAUGUUCAUCUUAUCGCAAAUUUACUGAGAGUGUUAAUAGACGGAGGUUUCUCGCGAGAGAAGAGCCUUACCCUUAAACAAAGUAAUUUGUUCUUAGAUGUUGUGUAAUUCCAAGUUUUUUGCAUGAAAACGAAAUUCUGUGGUUAGACCAUCAAAAUAAAAUCUCUUCAAAUGGCAAUACUUUCACAUGGUACUAUUAGUUUAGCAUCUACAAUGUUCUAACUCUGGACUGUGGAUGAAAUCCUCUGGUGUCACCAUUCAUGAAACCUCUCCAGUAGUUCUUUCACUUCGUACUAUUAGUUGAGCAUAAAGUAGUUCUAACUCUGUAGCCUGUGGACAAAAUUGUUUGGUGAUACCAUUUAGAUAACACUUCUCCAUCGGUACUUUUGCUCAGUAAUAUUUGUUUUAGGAUUUUACAAGACCAAAUUUUGCAUUUUCUAUGAAUUUUUACUUAUCUCACUUGUGGAAAUGGAAGGCCUAACUACAGUUAUUCAAGACUUGGUGUUACAUUGGGUGGUUUAGGCUCCAACAGUCCAUAAUGCAAUGGGAGGCAACAACGACCCAGUCUCACACUCAACCUCUAAAAGGCCUACAGAGGUGCCAGUUUGAGAAAAUUGACUAGAGCUUUCUUAGUUCUCAUUAAAACCUGCUCGUGAGAUACCGUAAACUGUGUUAGACGUGAGGGGUUUUAAGAGGGUUUAUACGACGGCACGGUGGGGUUUAUAUCCGAGAGGGGCUUAUAAACAAGAUAGAAAAAGCGCUUCAAAGCAAACUAUUAGCUGUAUAGCAUUGCUGAUCAAAAUACGUUUUACAUAUACUGGUUUUUACUAAGCUUCAAAACGUCACAAUAAAUCGAAUCCGGGCGGGCUUAUAAUCGGAGUUAGAGGGAAGCUUAUAUCGCCGGAGGGGCUUAUUAUCGGAUGUAUUUUUUGUUGUUGUUUACAGGUAGAUGGGCCUAACUAGGCGGGUUUAUUUGUGGGGCGUGGGCUUAUGAACUGCUGUUUACGGUAUCUGCAACACCUUUUGAAAUUAUGCACUUUUAACUUCUUGACGGUCUUAUUUUCUUGUCUCGCAGUGCUCUAGGACUUGUGCUCGUGGCUAUCAAUACAGAGCAGUACAGUGUGUUGGUAAUACUGAUUGUGACAAACGGACCAAGCCCCCUGUAUGGCGGCCGUGCAACAGGGGAGAAUGCGGCAGCUUUCUCUUCUGGAGAGUGGGAAAAUGGUCUAAGGUAAUGGAACGUGACGUUUAGAGCCCUGGACUUGUAAUCUGGAGGCCCCGAAUUCGAUUCUUCCGCCACACUUGUGAAAUAAUUAACUGGUUCGUCUCCUACCAGUUGUGAUUCUUAACAUUGUUAUGUUCCAUUUGAAUUAUUUGUUUCAUUGUCUCUGGGGCAUAAGGGGAAAGGAUAAUUUUUUUAAAGCAGUUAGGAAAUAGCCUGAAUUUCAGCCUUUCCCUUUUCUAGUUAGAGUCGCAUUUUUUUGUUGAUUUCUGAGAAGCACACUCCUGGGAGAGAGAGAAAAAUUUCCAAGUAGUCUUCAUUGGUUCCUCUUUUUCCGGGGGUACAGCGUCCAACUCUGUGUCCUGAGAUGCCAUGGAGUCGAUGUCGUGAGCAUUGAAGUAUUGUUUGUCCCAAGCAAGUGGCAUUACAAAAAUAUAACAAUUGUAUUUUUCUCAAUUUCGUUAUAGGUUUCAGGGAUCGAAAAGUGACGAGAGCUUUCUCCGUUUAUACUACUACAUGAGAAAUUUCUGUAAUUUGAUUGGCUUAGAGCAGUUGUAUUUCUGCUUAAUUUGAAAUACCUACAUGUGAAAAUUACAAACCUUUGGCGGGUAGUAGUAUAAACAAAUAAUAGCAAGAUUUUUAGGUGAUAUUUGGUGUAAAUACCACUCGUGAUAUUUCAAAAUUGUCUCAAAUUUCACUCGCCUGAUGGCUCGAGAAAUUACGUAUAACAAUUUUGAAAUAUCACUCGAGCUAUUUAUGCCAAAUAUCACUACAAAUCAUGCUAUUACCUAUACUAAUCAAUCUAACACCGGUUUUAUUUCACCCGAUUUUCCGAUGAGACAAAGAAACAAACCAGCUCUCUAACGAAAUUUAGAUAGGGUGACACUUGACAGAUCCAAGGACUGAUAAACCUGUGGCGUUCUCAUUGUCUUUUUCUUGGCCAAAGGCCAUUUUGUUGUUUGCAAGUGCACCUCGCUUAAUAUGUCGGUUUUUUCAGUUGGCGAUGUUUGAUUUCAAAGUAACAUUAUCGAAAACUGAAAUGAGAACUUAUUUAUUUCUAUAGUGCUCUGUCAGUUGUGGUCAUGGAGUGAUGAGAAGACUUGUCAAGUGUUUCGCUAGAAACGGAAGCUACGUUGAUGACUCUUUCUGCACAACGCCAACAUCAAGGAAACCAGAAGACACGCGCGCAUGCCAGAUGAAACCAUGUAAGUAGAGCAAAACGUCUAUACCCCAAGAUAGGUACGUGCAAAUACGCAUGGCAAAUGUAGGCACGUAAUAUGUGCACGCAUGCACAAAAAAAUAAACUGACGCACCGCAAGUUGACAAAUGCUAAGGUCAAAACGCAAGAAAUGUGACAGCGUCAAGGUUAAGUAAUUUCAUUUCAUUUCCUUCGUCUUAAGGUCCACCAAAAACUUGCAAAGACAUCCAGUUGAUUAGCGGAUUACAGAAUGACGGUGAACAGUCACUGAAUAUUCAAGGAAGAGAACUUCAGGUAUGAUAAUCUUAAAACAUAACAAAUCCUUUGUUAAUGUACUUAUUGAAAGACACAUCAUGUUUCUUUCAGGUGUACUGUCACGCAAUGAUGUCACAAGAGCCUAAAGAGUACAUUACUCUCAGAACAGGCCCUGCUAAUAACUUCGCAGAAAUUUACCCCAAAAGGUAAUAUUAUCGUUCUAGCCGUCUAGCCGUCUUCUAGCUUAUAAUCCCAGUUGAUUGGGUACCAGACAAUAGUGAGCUCACGCAACAGGACGGCAGAAAGAAAAGUGAGAGCAAAACGUUUUUGUUUGUGACAAACGUGACAGAGCUCUUACUUACGUAGUUUGUCCCGAUCGUCACUUAAAAUUACUGUGUUCUGGUCUUUUACAAAAAGAUCUGUUUAAUGGAAGGUGAAGUUUGGUCGAAAAUUUUCAAACAAAAUCAAUGUCGGGCGUGUCGGGUUUGCAAUUUUGUUCCUAUGCCGUUCUAUUGUUAAGUUAAAUUCAUGGGAUCAUGAGAGCUAAAUUACGGACGUGAGCAAAUCUCGUACAAGAGAUCAGGGUAUGAGAAUAGACAUGAGUGUCUAAUGCGGCGGAUCUUUCUCCGAUGAACUCUUUUCGAUCUUUUCAAUCUGUUUUGCUUUCUUUUAGUUUUUUUUUUUCUUUUUAAUACGCUUUUUGGGGGGUAAAAACAACAGACACAAGAUAACACUAAUUUAGCCUCUUGCUUACUCCUGUUUCCUAGGUUACGUAAUGCCUGGCAGUGUCCGGGAAAUGGUUCGCACGUUGAGGAAUGUGAUUGCGAGGAUGAAGACUAUCAGCAGUCGGGCGCCUCCUAUUAUUCAAAAAUCAGAAUAGAUUUGUCAGCGAUGAAAAUAAUUCGUAAGUACACAGGCCAUAUACUUAUCAGAUUCAAAGCAUUUAGAAGUAUUUUGAGCGUAUUUACCGAGAGAAUUGCCACAGAGGUUAACUUCACUAAGCGCAAAAGUGGAAUUCAUCAUUUGCACAUCUCCCGUAAUACACCCCGUUUGCCCCCCAAAGUUUUGCAUAACCUUGGUUUUUCAUUUCUCCUGGGUAUUGCAGUUGUCCCAGGAAAAAUUAAGGACAUUAGGGACAAGAUUCAUUAUGGGAGAUGUGCAGAUGUGGAAUGCCGAAUUCUUAACAGAUGAAAUGCCUGAAACCAGCCCUUAGUACUGAGGGAUUGUGGGUAACUUUCUACGACCAUCUGCCCUGAAUCACAUCACGUGACAUUGCUUUGAAAGAUGCUCCAGACAUGUCGUAAGAUGCUCAAGACGUGUUGCCCUACGGCUUAUGUUUAAGCCGUGGGGUUUAUUUAUUUCAAACACAUUUGAGAAGGGGGCUUAUUUGAGAGGGGGGCGGGGGGCUUAUUUAAUUAAGCAAAGAUAAUGGUAUCAGUUUACCAUAAAGAACUAUAAUACAAAGUGAAAAUGGCCAAGUACAAGAGUACAAGAAGUUGGAGGUCAUGUAGCCGACGAUCAAAAACAAAUCCGAACUUCCUGUUGCUGGAUCAGUCCAUACGAAGUUUUACAGUCGUGAUUGAUCGUCUAUUAUUUAGUAGUGAAGAAUAAUAAGGAGGUGGAGAGGGGGCUUAUUAACUUUCUCUCCCUGAAAAGGUUGAAGGCUUAUUUGAGAGGAGGGCUUAACAGAGGAUUUACGGUAAAAACUAUUAUACUACUACAUGAGAAAUUUCUGCAAUUUGAUUGGCUUAGAGCAGUGGUAUUUCAGCUUAAUUUGAAAUACCUACAUGUGAAAAUUACAAAACCUUUGUGGGUAGUAGUAUAAACAAAUAAUAGCAUGAUUUGUAGGUGAUAUUUGGCAUAAAUACCACUCGUGAUAUUUCAAAAUUGUCUCAAAUUUCACUCGCCUAACGACUAGUGAAAUUACGUAUAACAAUUUCGAAAUAUUGUUCGUAGUAUUUAUGCCAAAUAUCACUACAAAUACUGCUAUUACCUAUACUAAUUCCAAGGAAGUCCCUGACACCAGAAAUAUAAACGCUAACCGUGGUAAAUCUUCUUCUCUUUAGCGGAAGAUAAAGAGUUUGCAUCGACAAGAGGGUUAAAUCCCCCGGCAUACGGGACAGCAGGGGAUUGUUACAGUGCCCAGGGAAGAUGUCCACAGGUGCGAAAUAAAAUUAUAAAACAAUAAUAAUUGUUAACAAAAACCUUUGAAAUGCGAGUCUUAAUCGGACGAGCUUCACGUAGGUUAAGUUUGUCGAGCAUCAAUAAACACUUAAUGUCUGGUCGCUAGGGAAGCAAAAUUAGCUGUUUCCCGAGGGACCAGUCUUGUGAUAUGUUAUAUAGUUGGAAAUUUUGAAGCUGACCAUUCAUUAGACCUCGCUCGAACGCCUGUCGUCGAUCAACAUUCGCUAGUAACAGCGCACUGUUACCCCCUGACGUCAUAGAUUUUGCAAUGUUGCCCGCUCAGAUAUUUUGACGGGAAACAGUUUCAUUCUUAGAUCUCAUGUGACCUCGAAGUAACCAAUGAGAAAGCGCAAUUCUCUUGAUUUCGAUAGGAUGCAAAUUGUUGCUAAUUUCCCUUUUACAAUUUCAAACAAGAUAGUUUUUAGGAUCUGAAAUAUCGGCUUAGUUACCGUAAGAUUUUUUCCCGAAGAUCGCGUUGUUGCCCCGCUAAUAUCGUCCUAUAGGUAACUAUAAAGUCUCUCCCAACAUUGCUUACACCGUUCGAUGAACUAAUAUUUGUAACUGAAGAAAGCGGGUCUUUAUAAAUGGCUAUAACACUUUAAAAUGGGAACAGACAUGAAAGUUAAUUCAAAUGUGAGCCAUGAUUAGACCUCAUAAAGAUAACUAGGUUCAGGGUGCGGCAUUUACCUCACUUCUGACACCAUAAGGUGGUAUAACCUGAGAAUACACGACACCCACAAAAUGCACGUACCAAGUUUAACCGCUGACCUAGAUGUACAGCAUAUGCAAAUCAGCAAUCAGGGUCCCCUAUUCAGUUUCUUGUUGUUGUUUGUGACUGAACCCGGGAAAGAAAACUGGGUCACAUUCCUUGCCCACGUACUGCGCGCGAGUGACUUUUGAUAUCCCUUCCUUUGCAUCGAAAAUGAUUUUAGACGUCGUGAAAAGUUUGUGGCUUAUGUUUAAAAGAAAGUUGCUGGCAGAACUAUGGUAGUAACAGAACAACACAAUACAUAACUUGUUAAACUCAUGCUUUAUCAGAGUCAUACAAUCCACCAUGUUCCAUCGGCAGCCGUAAGUACCAAGCAGAGGAGCGCGGGCUCAUUUCCCGAACAGCGGCUGGUAAUCGAGCCUAUCUUGAGAAUUGACACGUGGUCUUGUCUUUUUUAGGGUCGAUUUAGCAUCAAUUUAAAAGAAACUGGCAUCAGAUUAACCUCCAAGGUCAUGUGGGGAUCAACAGGCCAGGCGUAUUCGCAAAUUAUCUACAGAUAUCCGGUGAGUGCUUUGUACAUCAUGUAACAUAACUAAUUGACAAAUACUCGGGCAUCAAGUACUUGUUAACCCUGCCAGCAGAACCUUUCUGUCGCUUGCUCGGUUUUGGCGUGCCCAAGAAAGACUCUAAAUGAAUCGAGGAAGAUCUUUGUUAAGCAUGCGUUGCAUGUCGCUAGGAUACAUUUUCCAACCCUGGCCUAAUAGCCUUGUGCUUCUUACAGCAGACUCAGUUUGACGAAAGAAAACAAGGUUGACUAGUCAGGAAGUUCGGGUUGCGGUGACUUCUUAAUAGCCCGUGUACAGAUUCCCCCCCCCCUCCCUACAUGAUGUAGUGAUCUACCAGUAACAGCCAAUCAAAUCACUUGCCACACAUUCGCGAAAAAUCACGUGGCCUCCAUACACGAUUAGCAACGGUGAAUCAAAGACGCUCCUUCCCCGAUUUUUCCUGAGGGGAGGGGGGGUCUGUACCCAAGCUACUUCUCAAAGGCUUAACGCGGUUCAGGAAGAGGCUCCUUUUCUACUUCUCCAUCAAGAAGAAGACUAAAGAAGACUCUUCUCGAAGGGUGUUACUUGUUAGCUUUCACGUUUCAACCCAUGAUGAAACGUUACAGCUUUUAUGGGUCCAACAAUUCGAAUAUACCAUCCUCAAGGCAGCCAUUCUCUGUUGAUGUAAUUCCAUGUCAGCAAUCUGAAAACCUUUUCUUUCUCGUGUGUCAAAAAUUAUUCAAAUAUUUUUUUCUAUCUCUUUUAAGGAAGGACAACAAGUUAUAGGAAAAUGCGGGGGAAGAUGUGGUAUCUGUAGACCUGAAAAUGAUGUAGGGCUUAAAAUUGAACUUGUAGAAGGUAAGUCUUGGAUAUUUUCUUUUUUGCUGUUUCUAUAUAGGAUUCGGACGACACGGUAAAUGGAGCGGAGCAACGUUAACAAAACUGGCAAAGUAAAGCGGCUAGAACACUUAACAGGGGGAACGGUGACCCUCUCUGCAAUUUUCUCUUGCUCUUGCUCUUGCUCUCCCUACUACUUACUCUCGCUCAGCUCCCCUAUUCGACACUCUACAAACGAGAAGGAGACUGGACCGAUUUGACUUUUGCAAAGUCUUCUGGGAUAGUAACUGGAGUCGGACGCGCUGGUCAGCUAGUGAACGUAAGCAGCGAUGUCUUUGAGCGAUGCACGUCAGCCGAAAGUGGUCUUUUUUCAUGUGUGGACGGUGGUUUUGGCCAAAUGUUGCCCAAAUCGUCUCUAUUAUAGUAAAGACACUUAGAAAUACAAAUUUGGUAGCGUCAAGGUGCUUUAAAAUGAAAAAGACCUCACUUCCGGUUGACGUGCGUCGCUUAAAAAACCUGACCCCUGUAACAGUCCCAGACGUCUUUGCGAAAGUUAACUAGGCCCAGUUUCCCCACUCUGGCCUCACUUCAUGAAUCAUUUGAACGACAAUUUUCUUUUUGGGGGGGGAGGGGGGGCACACCACAGAAAAGAAAAUCCAGUAUCUAUCCAUCUCCGAAUUUUUAUUACAGCCUUGAAACCAAUAUGUAAUGGCACACUUACCCAGACCAAAAGGAACAUUUAUUUUGAAAUAAGACGAUACGACAUUCGUAUCAAGGUCAAUUGGCAGCUUUCAGAAGGGGCAUCCGCUGACCACUCUCACAUGACUGUAUAGCGGGCUGGAGUGUAGGGCUCGACUCAUUGAAGUCACUUUUUUUUAAAGCUGCCUUUCUUUGUGCUGUUGCUUUCCUCUGGUACUUACAAUGAUGCCUUUCCUCUGCACCUUUCCAUUUUUUUUUCCACUUUUUUAAUUCCUUACACAGUUCCAAACUCCAGUAGCGCGUUAUUAUACUUGCGAUGGACAUAGACAACAUCUCGAAUAAAUAGUUAUGUAAAGCUUAAAAGUAUUUUUGCUCCCUCCUUCAUAAAAAAUCAGCAAUCUUCAUUUCUUCUCGUUCCGUCAUGUCAGUGCCGGAUCUAGACCUUGAGAUAAGUGGGGGCCCGGUCAUCCGCUACUGCAUGUAAUACAGGGGCGGAUCAUCCGCUUUUCUAAUACAACUGGUAUUCUGCAAAAAAGGAAAAACCAUGUGGUUGAUUGGUGUUGAAGUAGAGCAACAGACGAGUGCACCCCCUCCUAAAAAAAAUCCUGGAUCCGCCCCUGUAAUAGAUGGGGGUACUUCAAAUAAUUUCAACAUAUUACCUACCUCUAAAGAACUAUACUGGAUAAUACCAAACUCCUUUAGAAAGCCAUUUUUCCAAUUUAUCACUAACUCCCCAUUUGCUUUUCUUUUCCUAUUGCAGAUGAGAGCUGAGAUUUGGUGUUCUUAGGAAUUUUACAAUGGGUGUAUAUAUUUCUACUCAUAGGCAUUUUGAAAUUAUAGUCCCGGCAAAGGUAACAGAGAGAGUGUAUUUAACUUUGGUAGUGGGAUCUAGGGAAAAAAAACUAAAUAUAGAAACGAUGUCUAAAACUCUGU